GCAUGUGUAUACAGUGGUACAUAGAGGAGAGAUGGAAGUGCAGUACAGUGGUCCCUAUUUCACAUCUACUUUUUACUCUCUAUCCUCUUCUACUCUUCGUUCUUGUGCUUAUAUUCUCUUCUUUGUCAAGGAAAUCCCGAGAGCAUUAUUAUGAAUCCCGAUCUAUCUGGUUAACCCUGCUGUCCCAUCUUCCUGUGUGGAUAGCCUGGCCGGCAGCUGGUGUAACCUUAGACGAAUACUUCAGCAUUAUCUGUGGCCUAGGUUUGCAAGUUAUUGUUCUCCUGACUCUACUUAUCCUCCUGGUUCCUCGGUCUAGAUAUCUCACCUAUCUGAGCAGGGACGGAUACAACAAGUUCGAAAACGAUCCGUACGCAGUUCACUCAGACGCAAGAUAUGCGUACGGAGGCUCCAAGGCCUCCUGGGAGCCUAGUUUCUACUCUUGGAAACAGCAAGGAGACAAGGAGAGCUCCUAUCUCGGGUUCCAUCGUCCUACCAGGGUAGUUCCUCCUUCUCCUUCCUCUCUCUCUCAUUCAACCUUCUCACCUGGACAUAUUUACCAGGAUAGGUUCUCCUAUAUCAUUCCUCCUCCUCCCGUCCCAACCUUCAACUAUCCGUCCCGUCACCUACCAGUUCUCUAUCCUAGAGAAAAGAGAUUUACUCCUUCCUAUCCAUCCUACAAAAUUCCAGCUCAAGCUCCGUAUAGAUAUAUUGAUCCUAGAGCAGGAUUUAACCAGGGGAAAAUUAAUCCUAAUGAUUAUUUUUUCUAACUAAUUUAAGAAUCAAGCGUUCUGAAAUUGAGAGCCUUAACUUGUUACAUUUUUAUGCCUGUUUUCUAUUUAAUAUUAUUUAUCAUAUAAAAGUGAGAAUACAACUAGUCAGUUUAAGAAAUUAUUAUUAAAGACAAACAAGCACAUUCAAAGUAAAACAACUAAAAAAGAGCUGACCUGAUUUUCUAUUCCCUUUAUCUUUGCAACCCUAUCUCGGACACUUUUAAUAUUUCAACCUAAAAAUUCUGUCAGGUAAAAAAGCCUAAGUUUAAAAUACCAUAAGCCAUUGCCAUCAGGUUGCAAAAACAUAGGGGUUAGAAAACUUUAGUUUGUUGCAAGAACUCAACUCCUUUAUUUGUAAAUAUUGUAAAAAGGGAAAACAAUCAAUCUAGUCAGAAACAUAAAUUUAAAUUAUUACAAUUGCUCAAAUUCUUAGUUAAAAAUAUUCCAUUUAUUAUUGAGGUAAAAAUAACGGAAAAACUGAAAUAAAAAUAAUCACAAUUCUAGUCACAACAUGUAUUUGAGCGCUUUCAUUGUUCAUUCUGAAAUAUAAAAGAUCAGAUUUAGAUUUCCUGAAAAUGCUUAUCUUAUUCUCCAAUAGUUUUGUACAGUUUGGCACUUGUCAAUAUUAAUUAAUGUGAAAAAAAUUCAAAAAGUUGAUCUCCAAUGUAGACGAAAAUAUUUGAACAUGUCCAGGAUUAUUGUCGUCGUUGUAAAUAACCUUGCUUAUUGCUUCUCUUCUCGUGGUUACUAUUUUAUAUUCUGAAAUUAGCUGUAUUCAAUUCCUGACACGACUUCAAGACGAGUCGUAUAUAUAUAUAAAUUGUUAGUAAUCAUUAUAUGACGUACAGUUUAACGCAUGCACACUGUAAAAAAUAUAUUGUUCUUGUUAA